AUGACAAUUCAGACAGAAAGCAGGGGAACCCUAGAAACCUGACUCAGAAACAUGCCAACAAAGACUAAUAUUGCCUUCGCUCCAUCUGCAGAAGACAUCAGUUAGAAGGAAAAAUUGCCCAGCACAUGCAAAGGCCGCCCACUUUUGGCACAAGGGCCUAAGGCACUAGGCAAAGUCCGCCAGCCACCCCUCUGCACCCUUCCCCUUCCUUGCCCUCCACCCCCAACACUCUUCUCUGUCUCCAGGCACCCUAUUAGCAUCGGGAAGAGGUGGUGACCUUAGCCCACCCAGCCCCCUUUCUCCCUAGUUGGAACAGCAGCCCACCCGGGGGCCCAUCUGGGAGGGGUCCUGGGGGAUACAGAGCUGGGGAGGCAGAUAAGAGAGGCAGACAACUGGCAAUCCGGUCUAACCGAAGGUUCAUGGUUCUUCAGCAGCCAGCAGCUACCAAGGAGAAGAAAAACCCUGCUUUAGCAGGUCCUGAAGCUUUAACAUUGAGCGUUAAACCAUCUUCUCUCUCAUGAAUGUGAAUCUGGUUGACCAGCAUGAUUUGGAAGGACCUCCUGAGGUGGAAGCCAGUAGGGUGCCAGAAACCCCUGAAGAGGAGUCUGCAAGUGUGCCAGAGAUAAUUGAGUACCAGGAAGAAUUCCACUUCCCUAAUGGUUACUGGGUCUUUCCAAGGUGGGGAAAGCGUGGGUUGAUCUUCUUCAUGACCAUUGGGCUGAUAGCUGGAAUAAGCGUUGGGAUCUGGCUUCUAGUCCUGCUUUUCAGGACACAUUCCUUGUUGAAGGUCCUGAAACAAAAUAACGUCAUGAGCUGUACAGAGAAGCCCCCCAUGCCAAUAAUCUCCAAGUCAGUGUCUUUCAGAAUAAACACCAUAAACUUACUGGAAGUGCAAGUGAGGGAGUGGCCAGACUGGCUCCUGGUGUGCCACGAGGGCUGGAGUCCUACCCUAGGCAACCGGAUUUGUAGGCACCUUGGACAUCUCAGACUCAUUUACCAUAAAGAAGUGAACCUGACUGAUAUCAAGGUCAACAAUUCUCAGGAGUUUGUUCAGUUUCUUCCCAAAUUGGGGGAUCUCCUGGAGGAGAUGUGGCAGCACAGGAACAGCUGCGCCUUGGGCCAAGUUGUCUCCCUCAAAUGCUCAGAGUGUGGGAUCCAGCCCCUGACUUCCCGUAUUAUCGGUGGGACCUCUGCCGUCCUCGGGCGCUGGCCCUGGCAGGUCAGCAUGUUCAAGGGCUCCCAGUACUCGUGCGGAGCCUCUGUGCUGGAUCCGAGUUGGGUGGUGACUGCAGGACACUGUGUCUCCAAGCUGUCCCACAAGUCCAAAUGGAGGAUCUUUGUGGGAAUUGUCAACCACAGUGACAUUGCAUCACACAUGGGGACCAUGGUGGAAAAAAUCAUCCUGCAUCCCCACUUUAGAAUCCAUAAGCAGAAGCACGACUACGACAUUGCUCUGCUGAAGCUCCAGACCCCUCUGAACUUCUCGAGCACGGUGCAGGCUGUGUGCCUGCCAGAAAUGCAGCAGGAUUUCCCACAAGGCUCCAAAUGCUGGGUGUCAGGCUGGGGCACCACAGUCCCUCACCAAGGGUUUGGCUCAGACAUCCUCCAGAAUGUCUUGGUCCCCUUGAUCAGCUCGCAGCUCUGCAAUAGCUCCUGCAUGUACAAAGGCUUGAUCACUCCUCAGAUGCUCUGUGCUGGCUACCUGGACGGGCACGCUGACUCCUGCCAGGGAGACAGCGGAGGUCCCCUGGUGUGUCUGGACCAAGGGAUGUGGCGCUUGGUGGGGAUAGUGAGCUGGGGCUGGGAUUGUGGGAUACACCACAGGCCAGGAGUCUAUACCAAGGUGGCUGUGUUCUUGGACUGGAUUCACCAUCAAAUUGCGGGUGAAUUAGUCCCUGAAGAUCUGGAGAAAUAUAUUAAAGAAAGGAUACAGGACGCCAUAGAAGAGUAAGAGAGCAUGGGCAGCUGUAACUGGGCCAGUAUUCUGCACCUAAUAAAUCAGAAUGAUUCUA